UAGUGUCGGCGCGCCAGUUUAGCCGUUCGAACGCGUCGUUUUCGCGUCUUUCUUCGCGCUUUCAACAAUCACUUUCAGGAAUUUCAGUUUCGCGAAGCAUCAAAACGCCCAUCCACUAUUUUUAUUUAUUUGUAUCCGCUUCUUAUCGACAUUCUAUUGCUACAUUUUAUUUAUUUUUACAACGCACAACAUACAAAUCAAAUCGUCGACCGUGAUUUCAUACGGUAAUAGUAAAUAUUUAGUGAGUGAGUUCGAGGUGUAUUAGCAAAAUAACAUCUAUCGAUAACGACAUCGGAACAACGUUCAACAUUAAUCGAACUCGGUCCGCGUCAAGGUUAAAAUAAAAUGAGAAAACGGAUCCAAAUGAAUUAAAAGUGUCGUGGUGGUAGGAUAUACGAAGCCCGGUCCGGUUGCUCAUACAUUAAAUAAUCGUUGUCUCGAAUUGGUUUCAGUUCCACUUUAGUCGUAAACGUUAAAGCUUUUGAAAAAAAUAGUGUCAUCGAAGUCGUGGAUACAGUGUUAAAGGAUCAAUUAUAAGAAGAUGAGUAAAAAGCAAAUUGAAACGGAGAUGGAAAUAAGACGUUUAAAAAAGGAGGCAGCUGAACGUUAUGCAGACACUAGCUGGAAGAUCCACCAGGACUGGCAUACGGAAAAAAAGAAAUCGUCCUCCCCCAAGAACGGAUUGAAAUCGAAAGAGCAAAAAGCCGCGAUAAACAACAACAACGACAUCACAGAGUCCGACCACUACGCUCGAGUGGAAGAAAUGAAAAACGGUACGAUAAAGAAACACACGAAGGGUGUCCCACAAUGCUCCAGCCAAACGAAAAUAAUCGAAAUACAAACCGUACAAACCACAUGCGAAACAAUUCCCCCAACAGAGAAACAAUCCACAGCAACUGUUGAAAAACCGCAUUCUCAUGAUGAACCACUACGAAAUGGAUCAGGGAUAAACAAGAUGCUGACAUCUUCGGCGUACAAUAGCAACUAUGAAACGUUGACCAGUCAACCUAGGUCCGUUAAACAUUGUAAUUCCAGCGGAGGUAUGGACUUAAGCUAUGUGACCGAAAGGAUCAUAGCUCUUUGGUUUCCCGCGUCUUGUAGCCAACAAUCAUACAGACAAGGACAACGACAAGCCGCUCAUAUGCUCACCAACAAGCACGGGGAUAACUAUAUGGUAUUCAAUUUGUCUGAACCCAAGAGAAUACUUCGAAACGAGCACAAGCACGUGAAAGAAGUGGGUUGGUCGCCGAGAUUAGCUCCACCUCUAGAAAGGAUUUGUAGCGUCUGCAAGGAAAUAGACUCCUGGUUAUCCUCGGACCAGCAUAGAAUAGCGGUUUUGCACGCCAAGGGCAGUAAGGACAAGCUUGGGGUUGUAGUAGCUGCUUACAUGCAUUACUCGAGUAUCUGUGGCAGCGCUGAACAAGCUCUGGAUAGAUUUUCAAUGAGAAAGUACCUCGAUGACACCGUAGGGCCAUUGCAGAUGCCCUCGAACAAGAGAUACGUAGAUUAUUUCGCUGGACUUCUUUCGCAUAAUAUCAAAAUCAAUACUGAUCCAUUAUAUUUAACGCACGUCACUGUAUUGGGAGCACCCAAAUUUCAAGCUGGUGGAUGCAGAGCUUUCUUAAAACUUUAUGAAGGACAAAACCCCGUCUAUACAUCAGGUAUCUAUACAGUUUCGAGUGGUGUGGGCCAAUUUACUGUCAAUGUUGCCGGCGAAAGACGAAGAGGUUUACAACUUCGUGGCGACAUCCUCAUAAAGUGUUACCAUAGAGGUGAUACAGGAAGAGAAACAAUCUUCGCUUGUCAAUUUCAUACAUGCGCCGUAGCAGAUUACACUUUGAGUUUUACCCGACAAGAAUUAGAUGUUGCUUGUAACGAUUCAAGAUUCCCAAUAGAUGGUGCAAUAGAGCUACACUUUUCCCCCGGCCCAGAAAGAAGUCUACCAACUCCAGCUCCUACACCAGCUGUGCCUGUAAUAUUUUCUGAUGACCCCAUCAUCAGAUCUGAUAGUCCGAUUAUUUUUGAAGAUUCCGAUGAUGAUGAUUCUGAUGCCGAAGAUGUCAAUCACACAUUCGGUCCAUUAGAUGGAAGUUUGUACGCAACCAUAACGAAAAAACCCGAAUUAUCCCCGGGUGCGGUUUCCAGCCCAUUGACUGUGUCAAUGGACUCGGGAAUUUCAUCAGCUGGUCACCACCAGAACGCCAACACAAACGCCUCGACCAGUCCCCCACUGACCGCUCAACCGUCGCCGCAAACUCCCGAAGACCAACACCGAGAGCUAGACGAACUCCUCUCGGAUAUGAUGUUAACAGUACAGAGCAUGCCCGAUCCUAAGCCAACCAGUGUCCAUCGCCCCAAUCAUCACCAGUCACCUGGACCUCCUGCAACAUUAAACAUAGACAACGUUCGAUACAUAGACGAAGAAGAAGACAAGAACAUCCCUUAUCACGCACGUCAAGAUUCCCGACCGUUCUCUUAUGGUGUAAACGCGAACAUGAUUGAAGAAUCGAAAAAAUUAUCGAGUCCAAGUUUGGUGAGAAAAGCCAGUUUUAGCAAGUCUUCCGGAGAUACUUUAAAGAGAGUCCAAGCGCAAGUUGUUCCAGACUUUUCACAAAAACCAAGAGAUUACGGUUGGUCUGGAAAUGUAAAGUAUAAUACGUAUUCUUCGUCGAAAUAUGAGAAGAGGGAUCCCAUUGAUGACAUCUUCACCGAAAGUGCCCUUAAAGCGAACGAACCUGUCAGAAGAGAUUUCCGGGAGGAGCUUUACAAAACGGAAAUCAAACGUUACGAUCCGAUUAAGAGGAGCUUUACGGAAGGAACUCUUAGAAGAAGCCCUGAUAAGAACGUAACUUAUAAGUCGCAGGGAGCUUAUUCCGACUCCGAAAGUUUAUCACCACCAAGUGCCUUCAGGUCGAAAAGUCCCGACUACGAUGGUUAUAGUACUUCUAGUACAGUUACAAAUGGGAACGUGGAAAAUUUGACUUGGUUGCAACUUCAACAGAGGAAAUUAAAAGAGAAAAGGGAGAUGCAAUUAAGGGAAGAACGACAACCGUAUGAAUCGAGAGUUAUGACUGAGUUAAGAAGUGUUCAUUCGAAACAUAUGAGACCUUCCGCUAGUCAUAGACUUGAUGGUUACACCAGCGAUACAACGGCUUUCGCCGACGACGACGACGAAUACAGUAUCCCUUUACAUAUCAACAUAAGAAACGCUCAUCAAUCACCUGGAUCCGCAGCAACAUUCAGUACCUUUAAAACCACAUAUUCAACCACCAACAAAAACGAACGACCUUUUAUGGCAGUGAAAAGAGCACACGAAAAAUACGGACAGGGAAUCGAAAACACACCCGCUUCCGUACUAGCAGCUAAUCCUCUUGGUCACGUGGUAAGAUCCCCAUCUAGGGGCGCCGACACCACCGACAGCGGACUUUUGUCUUUGGUCGAACAACAAGAACACCAUUUUGUUGAUGGCGUCGGCGGUGGUUCUGCUAACAACACGGUGGGUAUACACCAGCACAUUGAGGCUGACGCUCGUUCCGACAGUUCUCAAAACACAGACAAAUCACCAACCCUAUCACAACACGGCAAGGAUGCCGACACGCAAUCCUCGGACGCACUCAGCGAUCUCAUGGCUAACCUAUCUAAUGGAUCUGAUAAGUCGCAUAAUAGUCCUAACUCAGCAUCUGCAUGGCAGUACCGAGAAGAAUAUUCUUCGAGCUGGCGUUCUCAAUCGAUGACAGACGCAAGUUCCAGCUCGCCUCAUAGUCUUUCAUCUCGACCUCAAACGCCAGCUUUCCCAGUGGCUCGUACCCCGUAUCAAAAUUCUUCCACGCCUACCGUUCAAUUUGAUAUACCAGGCGAACGACUUCCUCCUAAAAGUCCUACAACCCAGCGACGAAUGAGUUUUCCUUCGUCAUCUACAUUGAAACAAUAUAAGAAAGGAGUUGAAACGACAGAGAGAAAGGACAGACCGACCUCACCAUCAGACCUAUCUAAUGGUUCAGAGUAUUAUCGUCAUUAUUCCGAAUCAUACCAACAUAGUCCAAAGAGCCCAACCUUCAACGGUUCUGCCUCACCUACCAUAUAUUAUGGUAAUUCUAGAAGAAGUUCAGUACAUUCGACCAGCGACCCUCUCCAUGAAGUAUCGCCAGUCCAUGUUCAAUUUGUUAGAGAUACGUCCAAGUUUUGGUAUAAACCGGCUAUUUCAAGAGAAGAAGCUAUACAUAUGUUAAAAGAUCAACCAGCAGGUACAUUUGUUGUUCGUGAUUCAAAUUCUUUCCCUGGAGCUUUUGGAAUGGCAUUAAAAGUAUCAGCUGUACCUCCUAAUCUUCAAGCGAAAUCUCCACUUGGUAACGACGAAUUAGUUCGACAUUUCUUAAUCGAACCAACAUCCAGAGGAGUUCGUCUUAAAGGAUGCACAAACGAACCCGUUUUUACAUCACUUUCUGCGUUAGUGUAUCAACACUCCAUCACCCCAAUGGCUCUACCAUGUAGACUUAUAUUACCAGAAGGAGAUAUUAAACAUUCUGAUGGCACAACCAACGCGGCACACAUCCUUUUAGCCACGGGCGCCGCUUGUAACGUUUUGUAUUUGUACUCGUUUGAUACGGAAUCUUUAACUGGCCCAGAAGCUAUUAAAAAAACGGUUAUUGACAUGUUUAAUAAACAACCGAAAGUUAACGCAACCAUCGUGCAUUUUAAAGUAAACGGACAAGGAAUUACUUUGACGGAUAAUAAGAGAAAACUUUUCUUUAGAAAACACUAUCCUGUUAAUACCGUUUCGUUUUGUGGAAUUGAUCCUGGGGAAACUCGUUGGAAUGUUGGAAGUGAAGAUGGAGCCGUUAUAAAGAGUGCACAUCGUAUAUUUGGAUUUGUCGCAAGGAAAACGUCGUCAAGUAACGAUAACCAGUGCCAUUUAUUCGCUGAAUUAGAACCAGAGCAACCAGCGUCAGCAAUCGUAAAUUUUGUAAAUAAAAUGUUGAGUUCCAGUGGAAUAAAACCAUUAAUAUAAAAGAAUCGAUUAAAUUAAAAGCUGAACUAAAAUUAAAAUUAACUCUAGCAAUAUCACUGGAAUUAAUAUUAAACCUAGAACUAGAAGCUUUCAUAUCGCAAUCUUCAUUAGAAAUAAGUUUGAAAUGAACAUUUGUUAAUAAAAAUUUAUCCAUUUUUUCAAAUCUUUAUACUUAUCAUUUGAACUAACACUAAACCUAGAACUAGAAAUAUAACCCAAAGAUUUCUAGUUCUAGGUCUAGCUUUGGUUUUAGUUUUGCUUCAAUAUAAGAUAUAAAUAUUCAAGAAAAUUAAUAAAUAUUUGUUAACAAAUGUUAACUUCGAACUUGUUUCUGAAAAAGAUUACCACAUAGCAUCUAAAACGUCAAAAUUUUAUCAAAAGACGCCAAAGUUUGUAAUUCCAGGUUUAGUGUUAAUUCUAGUUUUAGUGUUAGUUCUAGUUUUAGUUCAAAUAACAUCGGCCGUGAAAUCCUUUGUAUUUAUACUAUAAAAAGCUGUUUCUUUCUAUACGUAUAUCAGACACGAAGAAAAAAAGAUGUAUUUGCUAGUCUCUUUGUUUAAGUUAUGCUUCUUAUUUCUAACAUCCUAAUUAGAUUUGUACAUAAGUAUGCAAAAAAAACGAACCGUGUAGAGAAAAAAUUGGAUAAAUUUAGCGUGCCUCUGUAGUUAUAAUAUAAGUUUUUUGUUCAGCCAUAUAUCAUAGGUGAAAUGCCCGAAAUAUUUGAAACAUAUUGGUUAGUUUCACACAAAAUUCUAAUCUACUGGUCAGAAUUUCGUUUUGUUAAGCAAAAACUUUUGAAAUUCGAAUCGAUAUCCAGUAGAAAAUCAUUUAAGAGGGUAUUAUAUUAUCGCUUAAUGUAAUUAAACGAAAAAUGGUAGGAACCAGGGUAAAUUAAGGAGAAAAGAUGGUAAUAUACAUAUAUCUAUAUUUUCAUAUUUAUUUCAAAACUAUCGAAAAUGUUAUUAUUUCUUUUUUGUUCCAUUAUUGUUUUUUGUUGUCUUUAAUUAUUGUGAAAUAAAAAGGAGCGCUUUGCAAAUUUACUUUUAUAAUUUUAACUUUUAAUAAUUAUUAUGUUAAGUGUAAUUAUUUAUGCCUUAUUGGAAAACGUAGGAUAUCAUUUUAAAGUGUACAGCCUGUUAUAAUCGGAUAAAAUCAAAAUCAAAAAGAAUCGAGAAUCUAUAGAAUCACUAUAAAUAUUAUGGUAGAUUUAACACUAUGUAUUCAAAGUAUAUAUAUGUAAACAUAUAAAUAAAAAUACACUAAUUGAU